AUGGAAUCAAAGCCAAUACUCACUAAAUUUAUCAUUGAUGAAUAGCCUUACAAGAUUAAACCAGUUAAUCAUCAUUAAACUCUUAAAGAAAUCAGAAAAAUACUCUUUUUACAUGCUUCAAUUCUUUUUGAAUCAUAGGGCGUCACUAUUGAGUUUGAAGAUGAAAGCGAUGUUACACUUGCAGAUAUAUGCUAAGAUACUAAGACAGUCAAUCUUAUUCCCUAAGUCUAGUCAAAAAUUAAUGAUAAUUCAAUCAAUAACAGUUAAGUUUAGAAUAAACCCUUAGAAAAUGCAAUCUCAUUGAAACAGAAUAAUGGGUUAGAUAUAUAUCUUUAUCCAGAUUGGUUAAAAAUAGCAAAAGAUAAAAUUACAGAAGACGCAAAAGCAUAAGGUAAAUCAUAAAAAGAAAUUCAGGAGCUUUUAACUAAAGUCUCUCCCUUUUCUCAUAUUGAAGAAGCGAAAGCGAAGGUGAUAAUGGUAGUUGGAUAAACAGGAUCAGGUAAAACUACACUCCUAAAUUUCUUCAUAAACUUUCUCACGGGAGUUUAAUUUUCUGACAAUUUCAGAUACAUCUUAAUAAAUGAGUAAACUGGGAUUUCCUAGGCUCUGAGUUAGACAAGUGAUGUUAAUGUUUAUUAUGUCAAAUCCCAUCGUGAAGGCUUUCCACCAAUAAAAGUAGUAGACACUCCUGGCUUUGGAGAUACGAGAGGUAUAAAGUAAGACUAAUUUAUAACUGAUUAAAUCAGAAAAUUCUUUGUUGAUCACCUUGAAUCAAUUGAUGCUAUUUGCUUUGUAGCAUAAGCGUCUAAUGCAAGAUUAACAUCUAAUCAAACAUACAUUUUCUCAUAGAUACUUGAAAUGUAUGGAAAAGAUGUAGCUGAAAAUUUUGUCUGCAUGAUUACUUUUUGUGAUAAUGAUGAGCCUAAAGUAAUAGAAGCUUUGAAUUAUCCUGGUGAUCCUAAGAACUUAAAUUAAACAGGAAUUUCAAUGCCAUCGCAAAAAUCUAUAUUUUGCGAUUUAAUUCCUUUAAUUAAAGAACCCUGGUAUUUGAAAUUUAACAGCUCUGCUUUAUACUUAAACAACGAAUCUGCUAAGAAUCCAAUUAAUUAAAUUUUUUGGGACAUUGGAAUGUAAAGUUUCGAUGUCUUCAUGAAGACAAAGAUAUAAUUGUUAUCAAGAAAAAGUCUUGUCUAGACAAAAGAAGUUUUAGAAGAGAGGAAAAAACUAGAGGCAACAAUACAAGCGCUUUAACCUAAUAUAACAAUAUGCUUAUCAAUGAUGAAUGACAAAAGAAAUGCUCAGGAACAAAUAAAACUAAAUGCUGGUCUAAUUGAAAGCAGCAAAAACUUUUUAAUAGAGUCUGAAGUUCCAAAAAUUAGUGAAAUUUUGCUUAAACCUGGAGAAUAUGUUACUAAUUGUAUCAAGUGUAACUUUACUUGCCACUAUCCGUGCUAUAUACCUGAUGAUGGGGAAAAAUAAGGUUGCUCUGCCAUAAAGGGGGAAAAUUGUACAUGUUGCAGCGGUAACUGCCAUUUUUCUUUCCACAAAAAUAUGUCCUAUAGGUUUGAAAUCAAAAUGGAAAAAAAGAUAACUGAGAUGUCAGAACUUAAAGCAAAAUACAGCGAUGCAAAUUCAAAAAAAUCUUAAUAGGAAUAGUUAAUGAAUGGGCUAGACUAAGAACUGACCAAUUUAGCUAAAAUAUGUUUAAAAGAUCAAGAAACUAUUAGGAAAUGCAUUAAUAGAUUAAAUGAAAUAGCAUUGAGAACAGGGUGUUUAGAGAGUUCUGAUCAAUACAUUGAAAUGAUGAUUAUUUCAGAAGAAAGCGAGAAAAAGCCAGGGUUUGAUGGAAGAAUUAAGGUAUUAAAAGAUCUUAAGACCUCAGGGAAGUACGCUAAGGAAGCCAUAAAAGGAGAUGGAGUCUUUAUGGACUUGAAAGCUUUUAUUUGA